AUGUGGUUUUCUGUACAAUAUCAAAUAUUUCAUCAAUAUUUAACUAAGAGUCUGACACCACCACAACAUUUACUAAGAGCACUAGAAUAUUUCAAGGAGAGGCAUGAACUCAAAAAGAUUACUUGUUCAAAAGAAAAUAUGAAGCAAUUUAAUGUACUUACUGAAAGAAAAGACUUUUCCACCCUAAAGGAUAUGAUUUAUUUGGAUUCACAAUAUAACAUGUCCAUGAUGCAUCCCUAUUUGCAUUCAUACUAUUACUAUUAUUACUCUAAACUAUUUCAAAGCCAUUUCUCAACUGACCAUGACGACUAUAAUUUAGCAAUUGACAACGACCCUUUGAAUAAGCUCAUACCACCUCGAAAGAAGAUCAAUCGAUAUGCGUUUGGAAAACAAUUUUCUCGACAUUUAGCAAAGCAACACACUUUGGAAAAUUCAUCCAUUUAUGAUCACACCGUUUGCCCUGAAGAAUAUGGCUUUCCUUUUAGAGCUCCCGACCAAACCAGCAGUCCUAAUAUUUCUAUCAGCUCCUCUUCUGACACCCCUACCACAAUGUGCAUGCAACUCAAUGACAACGGUGGCACUCAUGAAUUACGAGAGACCUCUCUGAGGUAA